AUGGGUCCGCAAUCUGUGGGGUGGGCGGGAGAACAGGGGGAUGAAUGGGUGGGAGUUGGUGCUACCAUCGUGAAGCAGAAUCCCGUCAUCAGAGAAAUGUCCCAGUUUGCUUUCACGUUCUUUCAGCUGAUUGCCUGCAAAGUGGGGUUUCAGAGUGGAUGCUGGGAGGGGCCAGGCCUCGAGGAGGAGGCGGGGCCUGUCUCAUCCUGCCAGGAUGCCUCGUGGAGGGCACAGGGCCUGGAAGUGAACGUCCUCGGCUGCAGAACCAUGGCCGCGGGUUUACUCUUCACAGAAGCUGGGGUUGAAGAGGUUCAGCUCUUUACUCUAUCCUGGGAGUUCCUGUCCUUACAGACAAAGACAGGGAUUUGUUUGCUGCAGGAUGGUAAUCAGGAGCCUUUCAAAGUGCGGCUGCACCUGGCCAGAGAUAUUCUGAUGAUCCAGGAGCAGGAUGUGAUAUGCGUGUCUGGUGAGCCUUUCUAUUCUGGUGAAAGAACGGUGACCAUUAGACGACAAACUGUAGGAGGAUUUGGAUUAAGCAUAAAGGGAGGAGCAGAACAUAACAUUCCAGUUGUCAUUUCAAAAAUCUCCAAGGAGCAAAGAGCCGAGCUCUCGGGACUGCUCUUCAUUGGGGACGCAAUUCUGCAGAUAAAUGGGAUUAAUGUGAGAAAAUGCAGACAUGAAGAAGUGGUUCAAGUUCUUCGGAAUGCUGGAGAAGAAGUGACUCUGACGGUCUCAUUUUUGAAAAGAGCACCUGCUUUCCUCAAACUCCCCCUGAACGAAGACUGUGCAUGUGCGCCGAGCGACCAGAGCAGCGGCACCUCCUCUCCUCUCUGUGACAGUGGUUUACACCUCAACUACCAUCCCAACAACACAGACACGCUGUCCUGCUCAUCGUGGCCUGCAUCCCCAGGCCUGAGGUGGGAGAAGCGAUGGUGUGACCUCAGGCUCAUCCCCCUGCUGCACUCGCGCUUCUCCCAGUAUGUGCCGGGGACGGACCUGAGUCGGCAGAACGCUUUCCAAGUCGUCGCCGUCGAUGGGGUGUGCAGCGGGGUCAUCCAAUGCCUCUCCGCUGAGGACCGCGCGGAGUGGCUGCAGGCACUAGCCACCAACAUCUCCAGCCUCACGAAGCACAAUAUUAAAAAAAUCAACAGAAACUUCCCUGUAAACCAGCAGAUCGUCUACAUGGGCUGGUGUGAGGUGCGCGAGCAAGACCCGCUCCAGGACCGCGUGUACUCGCCCACGUUUCUCGCCCUCCGGGGCGCAUGUCUGUACAAGUUUCUGGCACCUCCAGUGACCACAUGGGACUGGACCCGAGCAGAGAAAACGUUUUCAGUUUAUGAGAUCAUGUGCAAGGUUCUCAAGGACAGUGACCUGCUGGACCGGCGGAAACACUGCUUCACCGUGCAGUCCGAGUCAGGGGAGGACCUCUACUUCUCCGUGGAGUUAGACUCUGACCUCGCCCAGUGGGAGAGAGCGUUCCAAACAGCCACCUUUCUGGAAGUGGAACGGAUACAGUGCAAGACAUAUGCGUGUGUGCUGGAGAGUCACCUGAUGGGCCUCACCAUUGACUUCAGCACCGGCUUCAUCUGCUUUGACGCUGCGACCAAGGCGGUACUUUGGAGGUAUAAGUUUUCUCAGCUCAAAGGUUCUUCGGAUGACGGCAAGAGCAAGAUCAAAUUUCUGUUUCAGAAUCCAGAUACGAAACAGAUUGAAGCAAAGGAGCUGGAAUUUUCGAAUCUCUUUGCUGUUCUUCACUGCAUUCAUUCGUUCUUUGCUGCCAAAGUGGCUUGCUUGGACCCUCUCUUUUUAGGCAGUCAGGCUACUGCUUCUGCUGCUUCCAGCUCCGGGUUGACAAGCAAAGCCAAGUACAUGACUUGA